CAUCAUGAAGUAUUUUGCUACAUAUGGUUUUUCUAGAAUAAUGUUUUUGGACUCAUAACUCGGAUGUAUGUGAAUUCUGUAAAGCAUAGCCAUCUCAAGUCGGGGUAAAUGAGGAGUGUUAUAGGUUGAAGGCUAUAAAAAAACAGUUUCUAACUAUGAUGAACUCUUGAAAUACUCGACUCAUUUGGAUGUUAGACCUGAAUAGAGCGGAACUGUAUAUAUGUUUAUAAGUUUGUACUUUAGCAUCUGGUUAACAUCCUUUUUGGUUCUUAUUGGAGACUUGGUUUCCAGGAUUUUUGACCUUUUCUGAAUGGCAUUGCUUUACUCGAAGUUGUGAUUGUUAAGGUUGGUGAGGUGAAAGAGAUCAUUAUGAAAUGAUGGUUUUGGACUGAUGUUUUGUGUGAACUUUGUAGAGUAUAGCCCAUCUAAAGUCCGGGUUGGGCUAUUGUAGGUUGAAGGCCAGUGUAAAAGUAGUUUCUAACUAACAUGAAUCGUCUGAAUACUGAACUCACUUGGACGUUCGACCAAGUGGCGAAGCUAGAGUGUAAGCUAUGGGUUCGGUCGAACCUAGUAGCUUUGGUUCAAACCCUGUAGUUGUCUUAAAAAUCCAUUGAAUAUGCUUAAAUUAUUAAUUUAGAACCAAAAGGGCAGCCUCAUGCACUAAGCUCCUGCUAUGCGCGGGGUCGGGGGAAAUGUCGGACCAUAAGGGUCUAUUAAUUUAGAACCCAAUUACUUAAAAAGAUUAGAAUUCAAAACCCUUAAGCUUCAAAUCUUGGCUCGACUUCUUCACUUGGACCCACAUAGAGUGGAAUGGAUACACAAGAUUCAUACAACCAACAACUUUAACAUUGAAGAGUGGUUGAUUGUUGUUUUUGGACUCAUAAUCUAUAAGCUUGCAUUCUUUUGAGAUAACUAAUGUUGGUCCGUGUUUGUUUUAGUAAUUUCUGCAUCAUUGAAGGACCGGAGACCGUUCAAGAUUUUGGACAGAUGCAGUUUCAAGAAAUCCAAGAUAACAUAAGGAGCAGGCGCAACAAAAUCUUCCUCCUCAUGGGAGAAGUACUCCGGCUAAGAAUACAACAAAGGUUAAAGAACUUGAACACAAGAGUUGAGACUCGUGAAGAUGAAUAUGAGAUGCCAGAUAUCCCUUCAACAAUACCGUUUCUUCCUAACAUGUGUUUGGUAGGUUGGGAAAAGUCAGAAAAUGAGGUUGCAGUUCUAAAGCAGCAACUUGAGGCAGCUGAGCAGCAGAACUUGACUUUGGAUGUUCGCAUCAACCAUCUUUAUGUUUGCAAGGGGUGAAGUAGUCUAAUGUUGUAGACUAACUUAAUAUAGACUAGUUUAAUGUUUUGUGGAUGUUUACAAAUGUUGAAGUAGUUUAAUGUUGUUUUGAUGUUUGCAAAGGUUGAAGUAGCUUAAGUCUCUUGUGAAUGUUUGAUUGAUGUUUUUAUUCAACUUUGAAGUAGUUUCAAAUUGAAUUUGAUGUAUUGGUGGUUGUAGUAUAUGUGUUGUAAUAGUAGUUUAAUGUUUUAUGUAUUUAUAGUAGUUUGGUGUA